GAGUGAUUUUGUGAUUAGCCGGGUUGCCUUUCGUGAUAACUCCUCUAAGUAUUAUAUCAAUGACCGUCCAAGUAAUUUUACUGAAGUUACCAAGAAACUGAAAGGGAAAGGAGUUGACCUUGACAACAACCGUUUUUUGAUUCUCCAGGUUUGGUAGUUCUUAUGCAGUGUUUUAAGUUUGAAUAAGAAGCUCGUUUCUAUGUGCUCUGGAAUUUUCUUGUUGGGUGUUGCCAGGGUGAAGUCGAGCAGAUUUCACUUAUGAAGCCAAAAUCUCAAGGACCUCAUGAUGAAGGUUUUCUUGAAUAUCUUGAGGACAUAAUUGGGACUAACAAGUAUGUUGAAAAAAUUGACGAAUCAUACAAGCAGUGAGUACAUUGUUUACUUCUCAACUCAGUUGAACGUUUGCUUUCUUAUUCCUGCUCUAUACAUUGGCUUCCUAUUUUCCUAAAUGUAAUAACAAAUUACCUGUAUUAGUGCUAACUACAAGUACAAACUCUUGUUAUUUAUUUAAAAAUUGUAAGUUACUUUAAAAAGAGCCCUUGAAAUUGAAAGCCAGUAACGGAAGUACCAUUUGCAAUUGAAUGGCUUAUAGGGUACCCUUUCAGUUGGUCUCUAAAAUAUUAAUUCAAAGAGCCAACUCUGUGAUCUCAUGAUACCCAGCGUUCUUCAUGAGUUUGAGGUGUAUCCUCUCAGAUGGUGCUGUACUGCUGUCCUUAUCAAACUGGAUUUAUUGUUUUUUCUUAUUUAUUUAUUAUGUUAAGAUAAAUUUUCCUUUCCCAUCACUUACCAAAUAUUUCCUAUCCUAUACAGCUUUUAUACAUUCUGAGCAGUGUCAAAUAUGUCUCACCUUUUCUACUCCAUUUUGGUUCAAAUGAGUUUAACAUUCGUGGUUGUACUUUGUAUAUUUCUGAUACUUAUUAAUGCUCCAUUGGUCUCGUAGGCUAGAAUCACUAGAUGAGAGCAGGUCUGGGGUGGUGCAAAUGGUUAAGUUGGCAGAGAAAGAAAGAGAUGGCUUAGAGGACGUGAAGAAUGAAGCAGAAGCAUACAUGCUGAAAGAGUUGUCACUUUUGAAAUGGCAAGAGAAAGCCACUAAAUUGGCCCAUGAAGAUACUGAUAUAAAUAUGGUUGAAUUACAAGAAAAUGUUUCCAGUUUAGAAGAAGAUCUGAAGACUGAAAGGGAGAAGAUACGAGAAAGUAACAAAAUGUUGAAGGAGCUUGAAACUGUGCACAACAAGUACAUGAAGAGACAAGAGGAACUUGAUAAUCAACUCAGAAGUUGUAAGGAAGAGUUUAAGGAGUUUGAACGCCAGGAUGUCAAAUAUCGGGAAGAUUUGAAGCACAUGAAGCAAAAGAUCAAGAAACUUGAGGAUAAACUGGGAAAGGAUUCAUCAAAGGCUGUUGACUUAGAAAAGGAGUGUGAAGACUCGACAAAUCUGAUCCCUAUAUUUGAGGAAAAUAUUCCAAAACUGCAAAAGCUCUUGCUGGAUGAGGAGAAAGUCUUAGAGGAAAUUAAAGAGAAUUCUAAAGUUGAAACCGAGAGAUAUCGUGCUAAGCUCGCAAAAGUUCGUGCUGAAUUAGAUCCUUGGGAAAAGCAACUGAUUGAACAUAAAGGAAAACUUGAAGUUGCAUGUACAGAAAGCAAGCUGUUGAGUGAUAAGCAUGAAGCUGGUCGUGCAGCAUUUGAAGAUGCUCAAAAGCAGAUGGACAAUAUAGUGGGGAAAAAAGAAGCAAAAAAUGCAAGCAUUGCAAAUAUUCAAUCAGAUAUAGGAAAGAACCAGCUUGAGGCAUUGGAAGCUCGUAAACUGGAACAAGAAUGCAUCAAAGAACAAGAUGCACUGAUUCCUAUUGAACAAACUGCAAGACAGAAGGUUGCAGAACUAAAGUCUAUCCUUGACUCUGAGAAGAGUCAGGGAUCCGUUCUGAAAGCAAUCCUGCAGGCUAAGGAGUCCAAUCAAAUCGGGGGAAUAUAUGGUCGAAUGGGUGAUCUUGGUGCUAUUGAUGCAAAAUAUGAUGUUGCCAUAUCAACAGCAUGUUCAGGACUUGACUAUAUUGUAGUGGAAACAACCAGUGCUGCACAAGCUUGUGUUGAGCUACUUCGGAGGGAGAAUCUUGGCAUUGCAACUUUCAUGAUAUUGGAGAAGCAAGUUGCUCUUUCACCCAAGUUGAAGGAGAAAAUAAGCACUCCGGAGGGAGUUCCACGCCUUUUCGAUUUAAUUAAAGUUCAGGAUGAAAGAAUGAAGCUUGCUUUCUUUGCAGCAUUGGGAAACACUGUCGUAGCUAAGGAUCUUGACCAGGCAACACGUAUUGCAUACAAUGGAAACAAAGAAUUUCGACGCGUGGUAACACUUGAUGGUGCACUUUUUGAAAAAUCUGGUACAAUGAGUGGUGGGGGAAGUAAGCCUCGUGGUGGUAAAAUGGGGACAUCUAUUCGAGCUGCAAGUGUGUCGGGAGAAGCUGUUGCAAAUGCUGAGAAGGAACUGUCUACAAUGGUUGAAAAGUUAAAUAGCAUCCGGAAAAGAAUUGCCGAGGCAGUGCGAUGUUACCAGACAUCAGAAAAAGAAGUUGCAUUCUUGGAGAUGGAAUUAGCUAAAACCCAUAAAGAGAUUGACAGUUUGAAUUCACAACAUCGUUAUCUUGAAAAACAACUUUGUUCCCUGGAGGCUGCAUCACAACCUGGGAAGGAUGAGCUUGAUAGGUUGAAGGAGCUCAAGGAAUUAAUUUCUAAUGAAGAAAAGGAGAUCGAUAAACUCAUCGAAGGGUCUAAAGAGCUGAAGGAGAAGGCUUUGGAGCUUCAGAAUUCUAUCGAAAAUGCUGGUGGUGAAAGGUUGAAAGCACAGAAGUUAAAGGUCAAUAGGAUUCAAGCUGAUAUUGACAAGAAUAGCACAGAGAUCAACCGCCACAGAGUUCAGAUAGAAACUGGUCAAAAAUUAAUGAAAAAAUUAACAAAAGGUAUUGAGGACUCAAAGAAGGAGAAAGAGAGACUUGUUGAGGAGAAGGAGAAAUUGAGAAGUGUCUUCAAAGAAAUAGAGCAGAAAGCAUUCAUUGUUCAAGAGAAUUAUAAAAAAACACAGGAGCUGAUUGAUCAACAUAAAGAUGCGUUAGAUAAAGCAAAAUGUGAUUACGACAAAGUGAAAAAGACCGUCGAUGAAUUACGUGCAUCUGAGGUUGAUGCCGACUACAAGUUACAAGACUUGAAGAAAGCAUACAAGGAGUUGGAAUUGAAGGGGAAGGGUUACAUGAAAAGGCUUGAUGAUUUGCGAACUACUCUUGCAAAGCAUCUGGAACAAAUUCAGAAAGAUUUAGUGGACCCUGAAAAGCUUCAGGUGACUUUGACAGAUGUAAGUCGCAGUGAGGCUUGUGACCUAAAGAGUGCCCUUGAAAUGGUAGCAUUGCUGGAAGCCCAACUGAAGGAGAUGAAUCCAAAUCUUGAUUCAAUCUCAGAAUUUCGGAGAAAGGUUUCGUUAUAUAAUGACCGAGUUGAGGAACUAAACAAGGUCACUCAACAGCGUGAUAACAUAAAGAAGCAGUAUGAUGAAUGGAGGAAGAAGAGAUUGGAUGAGUUCAUGGCAGGAUUCAAUGCAAUAUCUUUGAAGCUAAAGGAGAUGUAUCAGAUGAUCACACUUGGAGGCGAUGCAGAACUUGAGCUAGUGGACUCUUUGGAUCCUUUCUCUGAAGGUGUUGUUUUCAGUGUCAGACCACCAAAGAAGAGCUGGAAGAAUAUCGCAAAUUUAUCGGGUGGUGAAAAGACACUCAGCUCACUGGCCCUUGUUUUUGCACUUCAUCACUACAAGCCAACUCCGCUUUAUGUGAUGGAUGAAAUUGAUGCUGCUCUGGACUUCAAAAAUGUUUCUAUUGUUGGGCAUUAUGUGAAGGACAGGACAAAGGAUGCUCAGUUUAUAAUCAUAAGCCUGAGAAACAACAUGUUUGAAUUGGCCGAUCGACUCGUAGGUAUCUACAAGACUGAUAAUUGCACCAAGAGCAUUACAAUUAACCCAGGGAGUUUUGUAGUAUGUGAAAAAGCUGCCUGACGAUGAGUUUGGUUUUACUGGCCUUUCUUGAUUAGCGGUCCCCAUGUCAGGAUCUCAUUUAUCUAUUCGAUUCUAUUCUAACCAGCUUACAGAUAUCAACUGCAUAUUUAAUUUUUGAUAUGUAUUAUGUAUAGCAGCUUUUCCUUUUAGGCACAAUUAGUGUAUGAAGCUGAGACGAAUCGACGCUAAAUAACAAAGUCCUGAACAUUGUCCAAACAAA